GCGCACAUCUUUCGAAAUUUGCGUUCCGUUUUGAUUGAUGACUGAUUGAAGACGGUUUAGACUUUUCUUUGUAAUCCUUAUUCAAUUCCUUUACUACUUUCAACUGUUUGUCACUACCUUCGACUUGUCCGUUCCGUAAAUGUGUCAGUCUGUUGCCUUCUUGUCCAAUGUCUGUCCACGUCUGAUCCAAGUUUCGAGCGCUCAUCGCAGGUCUUCACCGCCAGCAUUAUCAUAUUGAUUGAGAGCGUUGCGGAUCAUGGCUAUAGCAGCGAGGCAAUGCUAGUUUGUGGCACAUUAGCCGGCUAUUUGAUCAUUUGCAGUUCCCUUACCAUAGGCCACCUGCUGGGCGCCAAAAUGGACAAGCGAAUCGACAUACUCUUCGCAGUGGCGGGCUGUAUACUAUUCAUUUCAACUGGGGCUAUCAUACUCGAUCGCUGGAUAAACAAUUAUGAGACUGCCAUCGAUAAGAACACCAUUCUGUCUUCUGGCGUUCUAGCUUUUGCCAAUGGAAUUAUUUUUAUCGCCGACACAUUUGUCAUAUUUCAUGCCAAAUAAAUAUUGCCAACAAAAAUAGAAAACCAAAA